AUGAAGAUGAUGAUGAAGAUGGAGAAGCGGCUCCGCGCCUCCUCUGCUCCUCUUCCUCCCCUGGAGAGCCGUGUCCUCCCGGCUGCAGGACGCAGGGCAGUGAGGACCCGGAGGACCGAGCCGGAGGGACACAGGGGACAGACCCGGAGGACUGAGCCGGAGGGACACAGGGGACAGACCCGGAGGACCGAGCCGGAGGGACACAGGGGACAGACCCGGAGGACAGACCCGGAGGACCGAGCCGGAGGACAGACCCGGAGGACCGACCCGGAGGGACCGACCCGGAGGAUGGAGGACCCCGGUCCCCUCAGCCAGCUGCUCAACCUGUCCACCAACACCACCCAGGGCCCCCCCCACCACCGGGACUCCAACCUGGCGCUCCGGGUGGGCGUGGCCGUCACCUUAGCCCUCAUCACCUUCUCCACCACGCUGUCCAACGCCUUCGUCAUCGCGACCAUCUCCCAGUCCCGGAAGCUGCACACGCCGGCCAACUUCCUGAUCGCGUCCCUGGCGCUGACCGACCUGCUGGUGUCGCUGCUGGUGAUGCCGGUCAGCGCCAUGUACACCGUGUCCCGGACCUGGACCCUGGGCCAGGUGCUGUGCGACAUCUGGCUGUCCUCGGACAUCACCUGCUGCACCGCCUCCAUCCUGCACCUGUGCGUCAUCGCGCUGGACCGCUACUGGGCCAUCACCUCCGCGGUGGAGUACUCCACCCGGCGCACGCCCGGGCGCGCCGCCGCCAUGGUGCUCACCGCCUGGGUCAUCGCCAUCUGCAUCUCCCUGCCGCCCUUCUUCUGGCGCCAGGUGAAGGCGGAGGAGGUGACCAGCUGCAACGUGAACACGGACCACAUCUUCUACACCAUCUACUCCACCUUCGGAGCCUUCUACAUCCCCACGCUGCUGCUGCUGGCGCUGUACGGGCGCAUCUACGUGGAGGCGCGCAAGCGGAUCCUGAAGCAGGCUCCGCACCGGCCGGGCAAGCGGCUGACCUCCGCGCACCUCAUCACCAACUCGCCCGGCUCCGUGGCCUCCAGCACCUCCCUCAACUACGGCACCACCGAGGCCUCCUCCUGCGACGCCACCUCCUGCAGCGUGAGCCAGGUCAAAGUCACCGUGUCCGACGCGCUGCUGGAGAAGAAGAGGAUCUCCGCCGCCAGGGAGAGGAAGGCCACCAAGACCCUGGGCAUCAUCCUGGGAGCCUACAUCAUCUGCUGGCUGCCCUUCUUCAUCUACACCCUCCUGGUGCCCGUGUGUGAGGCCUGCUUCCACCCGGAGCUGUUCGACAUCUUCACCUGGCUGGGCUACCUCAACUCCCUCAUCAACCCCAUCAUCUACACCAUGUCCAACGAGGACUUCAAGCAGGCCUUCCACAAACUGAUCCGCUUCAGAUGCUGCAGGGCCUGA